AUGAUCAUCAGGUUCAAAUAGCCGAUUCCAUUUUUUGCCCGAAUAAAAGAAAAAUUCGAUCCAUUUUUCAAUGUUUUUUUGUUUUGUUUUUUUUUGGUUAACAAUUCUGGAUUCGGAUGCAAACUUGGCUAAUAAAAUGUCGUUGGUUGAUAGUUUUUUGUAUUCUGAUUUUUAUUGCAAACAUUGGAUUUAUCAUUGUUUUUUUGCCUACAAAUGAUGUUCGGAAAAAUGAAUCAAUCGUUGUUGAAAUAUGGAGUAAAUCUGCUAUUGGUCAAUAUUUUUGGGAAAAUAUUUUCGAUGGAAAUAUUGAAUCAAAAUUAAUGACCAAAAAUGAAUUGAAUCAUCUUUAUAUGGAAGGUUGGAAAACUAUCGAUUCCGUACGUUUUCAUUUUCGUACUGGCCCGUCACUUAAACCUGAAAGUUAUCGAUCAUUUAGACCGAAAAAUUUGGUAUUGAUUUUAAAUUGGCGUAGUAAUGAUAAAAUCAAUUAUUCCAACAAAUGGUUGCGUACAGUUUUUGAAGAUCCGAAUAAUGUACCAUCAAAUGUUGGCAUUAUAGCAUUGGGAAAUGAAUCCUGUAAUAAUACCUGGUUUACCGACCAUUUGAAAAACUAUCCAAAUUUACGUUUUUUAUUUUUGGUUUAUGAUUCUACUUUGGUUGAUAACCAAUUAAUAUAUCAAUGGCCAUUAGGCGUUGCAACAUAUCGUAAUUUUCCAUCCACAUCUGUUAUUGAUAUUCAUUCAUCAAGGCCUUAUGUAUGUAAUUUUGUUGCCACCAUUUAUCCAAAUUCUUCACGUCAAGAACUUUACAAUUUAUUCACUAAAAAUGAUUGGAAUCAUAAAUGUUUAAUUAAAACUCGUUCCAAAUGGAUAGCCAAUGAAAAUAUCGAAUCAAUGAAUAGUUAUGUUGAAGCAUUACAUUCAUCUGAUUUAACAUUAUGUCCAGCCGGUUUAAAUGUUGAAUGUUAUCGAAUUUUGGAAGCUGUUGAAUAUGGAUCAAUACCUGUGAUUGAAGAAUCGAUAAUCAAUCAUCAUAAUGUCCAAAACAAAAAUCAAUGUGAUCGUCAACAAGUAUUACGAUUAUUCAAACAAUUCAAUGCACCAUUUCAUUAUGUUCAAAAUUGGACUGAACAAUUACCCGAACUAUUAGCACAAUAUAAUGCUAUGGAUUUACGUGAACUUAUCCGACGACGAAUCAAUCUUAUUAAAUGGUAUUAUCGUUUUCAAAUUCAUUUACGUAAUCAUUUUGUUAAUGUUUUAAAGGAAAAAUUUGUUUAAUUGAAUAAUUCAUAUGAAUAAUAACAUUUGAUAUAUUAGUUAUAAGCUAAUUGCUUAUUAGGCAAAACCAAAAAAAAGAAAAAAUAAAUGAUAAUAUAAGAGAUCAAGUAGUAGUGGAAAGCGAUUGAAAUU